CAGAUCGCUAACUUCCGAUACCGACAUCCAAAGAGAAAAGAUGGGGAAGAAGAAAUUCAUCGACAAGAAGAAAUCGGCAACCUUUCAACUUCUCGCCCGCGAUUCGGCCGAUCCAAGCUACGGCGACGGGCCCUCCGGCGAUCGGGUUUUCGUGAGAGUUGACAACAAUCCUUAUUCAGUCAGUGCCCUCUCCGAUGAGCAUAGCGACGCCGUUCCAGGCGAGGGGCAACUCGGCUGCCACGGCCUCGAUUCGGUGUUCGCCGACGCUCCGGACGAUGACGAGGAGGAAGACGACGCCCAGCACUUUGGGGAGCGGGCUCAAUCGCUGCCGCAGACCUCGGCGGCGCCUUUGCCGGAUCAUAUUAGGAGGGAGAUAUUGGAGCUAGGGUUUCCAGACGAUGGCUACAACUACUUGAUUCACUUGAGGGAUAUCAAGAACACUGGGGGCGGUUCGACUUUUUUUCAGAACAGUAAGGCGAAGCUUGACCAGCUACCUCGUGAUGUUAAGGCAUAUGAUGCAUCAAGAGUGGAUGUUUCUAAGGUAAAUGAUGAUUCCAAUGAUAAGUCAAUUUAUAGUGUUGCAUCGAGGACUGUAGGUGUGAGGCUCCAGAAAGCAGUUGAUCCCGAAGUAGCUGCAUUGCUUGACGAUAGCGAUUUGUCUCGUUUUGGUUCUGAUGAUGAUGAGGACCUGGAGGAGGAUUUUGUGGUUAAGGCCAACCUUCCUAAUGAAUUGGUGGAGACAGACUUUGAUGAGAAGUUGAGUUUAGUUGAAAAAUCUGUGCUGAACAGAACAGAAAUUAUUCAGUCUAAAGCUUCUGAUUCUCAAGGAAAUAUGCCCGAAUUUGUUGGUGCAGAAAGAGACAGAAAUUACCCACGAGCUACCAGUGAAUACUGCACUGAUGAGAAGCCAAGAGUUCGCCGCCUUUUAGAUGAGCAGUUUGAUUUGCUUGAACAUCAGGAAUAUGGUACAGACAGUGGAAAUGAAUAUGAUGAUUUCAUAGAUGAAGAAGAUGAACAUCCUGAAUCCCUGGCAGAAAAGCUCAAUCAUGCCCUUAAAGACCAUGUGAAGGAAGACAUAGAAAUUGAUGGCGAAUAUAAAGUUCCUUCAGACUUGUUGCAUAAUAAAGAGAAACCAGGAGAAGACUCAGCAGACUCUGUUGCUGAUGUCAUUCACAGGUGUAGGGAAUAUGCUGAGAAGUAUGAAAAUGGAGAAGAAAAUGAAGAAAUGGCUGUUAUACUGGAAAGCAGUGAUGAGUCUGAAGGGUGGGAUUGCGAGACCAUCAUCUCAACCUAUUCAAAUCUUGAUAACCACUAUGGGAAAAUUGAAGCUCCAGAACUACGGAGAAGAAAGAAAUUGGCUGAAACACUAUCUGGAGCCCUGACGGCCCCGGGCCAUGUAAUAUCUCUUAAAGGAAAAGAGAAGCUUCCAGUGGACUACUUGCCUGGCUAUUUGAGAUCUGGUACAGGAAAGGUGAAAGAUGGGAAUACCAUGAGAAAGGAGCACCAAAAGAGGAAGCAACAUGGUCAGGAGUCAAAGGAGGAGAAAAAAGAGAGGAAGGCUGCUGUAAAGGCUGAAAGGCGUGAAGCACGUCAAGUGAAGAAAGAAAUGAAAGGGCUAUACAGGUGUGAAGCCCAGCGUGCUCAGCGAGUUGCCGCCUCUACUGGUCCAUCAUCUGUUCUUCAUUUGUAGGUUAUUUGGCUUCUGGGGCUUCUCAAGACAAGGUGGUCUUCCAUCUGGAUGUUUCUUUAUGAUUUAUGAAGUAUACUUGGCGACAACAAAAAUCCACGGCCAAUUUGCGGAACAGGGAAGCUAUGAUUGUUAGCCUUGCUCAACUUGUUUAAAAUUUGGAAUUUUAUUUAUGUGAUAAAUAGGCUGCUAGGAGUAGUAUUUGUUGGUUUAGUGAAGCAUAUUUCUGAAUUCUGAGUGCACAUUUGCUGUUAUAUGUAUGUAACCAUCAGCUUUGUUGCACAACCACGGGCCAAUUAGCCAGCCUUAUACACUUGAUAAUGACCAUUGCAUGGGAUUAUAAUAGUUUCUUUGACUUGUUUAUUUGCUGAAUUUAACUGAAGCUGAGCUGAAACUGAUUCUGUGACU